UUAGCGCGCGACCGUCGGCGUCUUUCAUCUCAGCUGUCAGAUGAUACCUGUCAGAGCCGCAGUCAUGUCCUUCUCGGUAGCGAUUUUUGGAGCGCUGAUGCUGCAGUCCGUCUCCUCUCAGAACGAGCCUUUAAUCAUCUCUUCUGAACACAUCACUCUUCCGAAGGAGGGUUUCAGUCCCCCGGUGACUCUGCAGUGCAACCUGACCACCAUUUACAGUGUCCACCAGGAGAGUUUCUGGAUGAAGAAUGGGGAGGAGAUCCCAGAAACACGCAGCCCAAACAGGAACACAGAGUACAAGCUGAACAAACCAAGAGGCGAUGACACUGGAGUGUACACGUGUGUCUACACCUUUGAGAUGACUCCUUCAGCCAACGCCACCAUUGAAGUUAAAUCUGUUCCUUACAUCACAGGCCAUAAGCACAGUGAGAAUAAGAAUGAAGGUCAGAAUGCUAUGCUUUACUGUAAAUCUCUGGGGUAUCCUCACCCUGUCUGGACCUGGCAAAAAUAUGACAACGAUGUUUACGAGUACACGGAUAUUGACAACUCAUCUGGGCGCUUCUUCAUCACUAGCAGAGACAACUACACUGAGCUGAACAUUAUCAACCUGGAUAUUGCUUUAGAUCCAGGCCAGUACCAGUGCAAUGCCACCAAUGUGAUUGGGAACUCCACUGUCACCUCUGUGCUGAGGGUUCGCAGCCACUGGGCGCCUCUGUGGCCUCUUCUGGGUGUUUUGGUUGAGGUCAUCAUUUUGGUCAUCAUCAUUGUUGUUUAUGAGAAGCGUAAGAAGCCAGAGGACUUACAGGACGCUGGACCAGUGAAAACUAAUUCAACUAACAACCACAAAGACAAGAACCUUCGCCAGAGGAACACAAACUGAGCAGCCUGUAUGCUAAGUCUUAUCACAAUAUGCAUUGACCAUGUGAAGGUAAAAAGGAAGAGGAUCCAUAGUCAUUAAUAAGAUGUAUUCCAGUAAAAGUGUGAUUAUUAAGGAGAUCAUUGAGGCAUGCCUUAUGAUUUUAUUGUUAGAGAACAGACAAGAUUAAACCCAUGACAUAAUACUCAACAUUAUAACCAUUGUUGCUGCAUGUGGUUGUUGACAUUUAAGUUUUUUCUCUUAUCCACAAAUUAAUUUUUUCUUUUGUUUUUACUUCUAAAGAAAUGCAUGCUAAGAUGUCAACCUUCUGUUUUAUACAGAAAUGGCUAUAUAUAUUUUUUCUUUUUGUUUUCCAAGAGUGGCUUUAUGUAGAUAUUCUGUUCAUUAUAGAUGAAAUCAAAACUUGGCAAUGUAAAAGAAUUUACCACUGUAAACUGGUAUGACAGCUGUGUACAGUUUUAUCAUUCUGCUGCAUACCAUUUUCUAAGUUUUCUCAUUUUAUGAGAAACUAUCUAUUUAAGGGCUUUGCAGUGUCCCUAUAAAUUUUAAAUGUACUGUAUGUAGAAAACCACCAUAACUAUGUAUCUGAUUACAUUAAUAUAAAGAUUGUUCAUAUAUGAUGCACUUAAAUGUUGACAAUAAUGAAAAACUGUAUAAAUCUACUUUAGGAAAUCUGUACUGAAAACAUAAUAGCAUUGUUAUAUAAUUAUGUGUAUUGUACAGCAUGGCUAUUACCCUAUGCAAUUAUUACCCCUAUCAGUAUAUUUACAAUCAUAGCAGCAUUUGAGUUCUCUGUGAUGAAGCUUUAAAUUAGUAGGAUCACUAUAUAGCAUUGACAGUUUAUUGCACAGCUGCAUGGAUUCUCUCCAGCUGAUAUGGGAGAUGGUUAAA